AUGGCUCUCCUGAAGUCAGACUGGCUCUGGAGACAGACCUCUAUCCUAAAACACUGGAAGCUGAAUUGGUGUGACCUGUGGAUCGAUGGAACCCUGGCCUUCUACAAGACGGACAGUAGGCGAGAAUUUGAGCACCGAGUGGGCCUCAAGACCAGCUGUGUGAGCGUCAAGUCUGGCCUGGAGUGUGCAGGUCUCUCCCCCCCAGAGAACCACCCCAGGGAAAACCUGGUGGUGGUGCAGCUUAGAGACAGUACCACAGUGAUCCUGUGUGCCAACAGUGAGGACGAGGCACUAGCGUGGAAAUUGACAAUUCUAGAGGUGAGACGAAACCCAUUUGUGUAUGACCCGUAUAACGACUCCUACCCGUCCGUCCCAAUGGACGGCCACAACACCAUCUACCUGGCUCCUGGAUCAGGUACCCACCACAUACUGAUCCAGAGAGACCCGUACGACGGCGUAGGAGAACAGGUGGCACUGGGGCUACUGGCGGGCAUGGCGGCAGGCGCUGCUAUGCGCUCCUUCCUCUGGAUGCCCUUCUUUUUCUGCUGA